AUGGGUCUUAGAGACAUUGGUGCUUCACUUCCCCCUGGGUUUCGCUUUUACCCGAGUGAUGAGGAGUUGGUCCUUCAUUACCUUUACAAAAAGAUCACAAAUGAAGAAGUUCUCAAGGGUACCUUGAUGGAAAUUGACUUGCACACUUGCGAGCCAUGGCAACUCCCAGUUUAUGGUAGCUAUGAACUGUAUAUACACCCAAAUGGAUGGGUGUGA